AUGUCGAACCGUUAUUCGGUCUUCUCCACGCAGUCCACGGGUCUCUCGGCCGGACCCAGACCACAACAUGGAACUCAGGUCUCAACGACAACAUUAUUGAAUGCCCUCCAUUCUUUUUAUACUGCAGGUCAACCAUAUCAACUAGACUCAGCCACGACUCUGGUUGUGAAUACAUGGGUGACCGCAGCGACUACGUUGCCUGAUGGCCGAACUGGCGCUACGGUCGACCGUGAUCUAGCUAUCAGAGCGUGGGAACAUGCCCGACGCCGUGCCGAGGAUGGCUGCGUUGUCCUAGGCGCUCUUCAUCAAUCCACACCCUCACUGCUAGAACCAUUUAUCACGGCGAUCCCGGUGGAAACACCAGAGAUAGCUCUGAUCGCGCUCUCCGCUCUACGGCCAUUCCUCACUGCAGUUACCUCAUUCAACCCAUCCUACUCUCUUCAUUCGGCAUUGGCCGCCACCUACACUUUGUCUUUGCAAGGGUCUGUCGUUGGCCUCUCCUUCGCCUUGUCCACCUCCGGCAUUAAUGUGCACAAGGGUCUUCUAGAAAUUCAACCUGAGACCGGCUACCGUGCAUUUGAUGCCUUCUACUAUCUCCUCACCUCUACAUCGACGGCUGCGGAGCGUGAAUUUUUGGACCUGAAAAACCCGGCUGCAUAUACCUUGCUCAACCGAUCAAAUACAUAUGAUCCUCCACAUUAUCUACCCACAGCCGACGAUGCUGCGGCAGCAGAAGAUUUCCGUGCUUCCUUGAAAGCUAUUGGCAUCAAAGGUGCUGCUCAGCGAGGUCUUCUAUCCGUCCUUGCUGGUCUCCUUAAACUCGGCAAUUCAGUUGGGUUCGAGGUGGACCAGGAAGAUCUAGAAGAAGUCUGUGAGGAUGCUGGAGGUCUUCUGGGAAUUGACCCAGAGAUCUUGCUUCAUAAAUGUUCCACUGAUGAACGGGAAGUGUUAAUCGUCGGAAUCUACGAGGCUCUGGUAGAUUGGGUCAUCAGCAAAGCAAACGAAGCCAUCACAGCUGAGAUUCAGGUUGCAUUGGAAAAUGAUUCCAGCAACGGGGGCGGUGCAGCACAAUGGUCAAACGAUGACACUGUCAACCUCACUGUAGUCGAUAUUCCACGACCAGCUCUCGGUAAAGCGAUCAUGAUGAGAGGCAUCUUUGAUGAUGGUCUUGGUCUCAAUGCAGAAAUGAAGGAUGAUGGAAUUCCUCUCCCACCCAUUGGGGCUUCUGUCAUUAGUGAAAUGAACACUGCAGUGGCCCAAGUUGAACCAGACCUAAAUAUCACCACAGGCCUUGCCGGGCGAGAACGGGAACACGAUCUCGAUAAGCGACAGGGGGUACUGGAAAAGGUUGGGGUUGAACUUGAGAUUGACGCCUUUCUCCGACGCAUUCUCUUCCCGGUUGAAACCGAAGGUAUCUCCGUAGGAAAACGCGGCCGAUUCGACCUUCCCACCACUCUCAACAGUAGCCGUGUCUGGUACCACCUCUCCCUCCAUCCAACUGAUGACAUGCCAGAGCAGCUCGCGUCAUCGGCACCUACAGCAUGGUCUGCGGGUGCAGUUUCCCGCCAAUUGCGAGACUGGCGACUCCCAGAAUGGGCCAACCGUCGACUGAAGCAACUCGAUUUCACCGCAGAUUUCGACGUGGAAGAGUUUGUCGGUCGGUAUGCGCGACUCGGUUGCGCCGAAGGCCAGGAUGGUGUUGAGAACUGGAUCAUCGAGAGAGGCUGGAGCAAUGGCGAUGCCGUCGUCGGUGAACAGCGCGUGUGGAUGCGCGAGGGGGCAUGGUGGGAAGCGGAGAGUAUGCUGGAUCUUAAGCCAGAAGAGACUCACGUGAAUCCAUUUAUGUACGGCCCUGCACUGUACGAGCCCGGCUUCGCCCCAGAUGGCACUGCCAUCCAUGAAAAUUCCAAUCUUCUCAACAUGCCACCUGGUGGUGCCAUGGCCCCGAGUGUGAUGGGCGGUGCCAAUGCGCCAUUCACCAACGCUGCGAAUGCCGGUGACUACGGCUUGGGACGGAAAGGUGACGAUAAAAAAGGAGACAUCGCAUACUACGACGAAUAUGGCCGCUACAUCGGGGAAUUCGACCCUGAGUUUGGUGAUCCGAAGCACAUUGAGAAGAAAACCAUAUCCUGGGGCCGUCGACUCUGGACUGGUUUUGUCUGGGCGCUGACGUUCUGGAUUCCUUCCUUCGUGCUUCGAUACGUUGGCCGUAUGAAACGGCCGGAUGUCCGCCUGGCCUGGCGAGAAAAGCUCGUCCUUGUGUUUUUGAUUCUAUUCUUCAACGCACUCGUCUGCUUCUAUAUCAUUGCAUUUGGUGACCUUCUCUGUCCCAACAAGGACAAAGCCUGGAAUGAGAGGGAGGUCGGCUGGCACACAACUGACGAUAACUUCUUCGUCGGCAUCCACGGCCGUGUCUACGACAUCAGCAAGUUCUGGCGGACACAGCACAAUUUUAGAUGCCUACUUCCCCCUCCUCUCAACCGUUAUUGUGCCCCAUUUGUUACAUCCGAUACGCUCGCCCUCCAACACAACAACACAGAUGCUAUCGCGUAUCCCACGGCCGAGCACAAAUCUGGGGCACAGUCAUUAACUCCCGCCACGGCACUCCACGAGGAUAACUGGUAUGAAAAGAAAUUCUUGCCAAAGAUUGGUACAUACUACAAGGGUGACGUGGUUUGGACAAGAAAGACCAUCAAGAAGCAGGCCAACGAUGAUUCUCGCUACUGGGUUAUCAAGGAUCAAAAGGUGUAUGACUUGACCGACUACUUCCAUACACUCAAAAGGAUGAACAAUCUCGACCAAUACAAUUGGCUACCGUCGACUGUGACUGCUCUCUUCAAGGACAACAUGGGUGAAGAUGUCACGGACAAAUGGCCGGACACAACGGACUUCAGGAAUGCCCAGACAUGUCUCGACUUUGUCUUCUAUGUCGGCAAAGUUGAUUUCCGUGAGAGUCCACGAUGCACGGUCAACAACUGGAUCCUGCUCACCUUCACCAUUCUCAUCUGCGCUGUCAUCCUAAUCAAGUUCCUGGCAGCUCUGCAGCUGGGAUCCAAACGUCGGCCCACGCCACAGGACAAGUUUGUCAUCUGCAUGGUUCCUGCAUACACUGAGGGUGAAAAUGAUCUCCGGAAAGGUCUUGAUUCUCUUACUGCCUUACAGUACGACAACAAGAGAAAGCUGAUAUUUGUCAUCUGUGAUGGUAUGAUUGUUGGUGGUGGAAAUGACCGCCCCACACCCAAGAUCAUUCUGGACAUUCUCGGGGUCGAUCCUAAGAUGGACCCACCGGCACUGCCAUGCAAAUCACUCGGCCAGGGAAGUGAGCAGCUAAACUACGGCAAGGUUUACUCCGGACUGUAUGAGUACGAAGGCAAUGUCGUGCCUUACAUUGUGGUCGUCAAAGUUGGCAAGGAGUCCGAGCAGCGCAAGUCCAAACCUGGCAAUCGUGGCAAGCGAGACACACAGGUCCUCCUCAUGCAUUUCUUGAACCGUGUUCACCAUCGCUCACCUAUGUCGCCCCUUGAACUGGAAAUGUUCCACCAAAUCAACAACGUCAUCGGUGUAGAUCCAGAGCUAUAUGAAUACUGUCUCAUGGUCGACGCAGAUACCACUGUCAGGGAGGAUUCUCUAAAUCGCUUAGUUGCCGCGUGUGCAGCAGAUGCCAAGAUUGCCGGUAUUUGCGGCGAGACUAGUCUUCAGAACGAGGAACGUAGUUGGUGGACGAUGAUUCAGGUUUACGAGUACUACAUCUCGCAUCACCUGGCUAAGGCAUUUGAGUCACUCUUCGGUAGUGUUACCUGUCUUCCUGGAUGUUUCACCAUGUAUCGCCUUCGAACUGCGGACAAAGGACGUCCUCUCAUCAUCUCAGACAAAGUCAUUCACGAUUACGCUGACAAUGAUGUUGACACCCUCCACAAGAAGAACCUCCUGUCUCUUGGUGAGGAUCGGUACCUGACAACCAUCAUGACUAAACAUUUCCCAUCAAUGUCGUACAAGUUUAUUCCCGAUGCCUACGCAAGCACAGCCGCCCCUGAGACCUGGAGUGUGCUGAUGUCGCAGAGACGCCGCUGGAUCAACUCCACAAUCCACAACCUCGUGGAGCUGGCAGCCCUGGAAGAUCUCUGCGGUUUCUGCUGUUUCAGUAUGCGUUUCGUCGUUAUCGUGGAUCUGGUGGGAACUCUCAUCCUUCCCGCGACCUGCGUAUACCUCACCUACCUGAUCUAUUUAAUUGCUAGCAAGACGGGCCCCUUCCCUAUGAUCUCGAUUAUCAUGCUGGCUGGUGUAUAUGGUCUACAGGCGAUCAUCUUCAUUGUCAAACGGCAGUGGCAACACAUCGGAUGGAUGAUCAUCUACCUUCUUGCAUACCCGAUCUACAACUUCAUCCUGCCGCUGUAUGCCUUCUGGAAACAGGACGAUUUCGGAUGGGGUACCACCCGUAUUGUCAUCGGCGAGAAGGGCGACAAGCGAGUCAUCGCCGUGGAAGAUGAGCCCUUCGACCCACGCAGCAUUCCACUCCAGCGAUGGGAUGACUACGCCAUGGCCAAUAACCUCCCUGGCCGCCGCGGCGACCUCAGCGCAAGUCAAGAGAAGGUCUACGCUGCUGGCCGAUACGACGACAUGGCUAUGGAGAUGGAUGACAUGCACUCGCAAUACUCAUCUGUCAAGCCAGCCUCCACCAUUCUCACCGGAUUCCCAGGCCAGGGCCGCCACCACCCCUACCUGCCCCCACAGUCGCCUGCACCCUUCGUCGGCGGAAACAUGCCCGGCAACCGCAACUCGCACAUGUCAAACUUCUCCCGCUACACGGAUAUGCCACAGGCGGGCGCUCAUAUGGGUGGCCACUCUGCGCAGGCUUCCCGGCACAUGUCCAUGGGUGGCCUCAGCGCCUACCAGGACAACCCGAUGGCCGCCAGCAGACACAGCGUCGGUAUGAUGCAGAGCAGCGAUAACCUCCUCGGCAAUACUGGCUCUCGCAGCCCCCUGCCUCAGUACCUCUCUCGACCCACCAGCACUGCCUUUGAUUUCCGUGCUGGCAGUGGUCCCGAUGAGGGUGCCAUUACCGAGGCAAUUCGCGGCUGUCUGGCCGAGGUUGAUCUAGAUACUGUCACCAAAAAACAGGUUCGCGUUCUCGUCGAACAACGCCUGCAAACCUCGCUCACGGGCGAAAAGCGAGCCUUCCUGGACCGACAGAUCGACCAGGAAUUGGCUAACAUGUGA